CUUGUGUCGUGACUCGUCCCCCUGACGGAAAAGGUCCCUUAGCCCACUCGGAUCUAGCUUCAACCGUACGUGAAGGGCGUUCCUUCAGGAAAACGCUUGAGAGUAGCGAUUGGCUACUGUACAGGGGAUAUGGGCGUGUCAGCAUGUUGUACAGUUAUUGGGCUAUUGGGCUACACGGCUAUUGGGCGGCGUUGAUGUUGCUAUGGAAACCAGAGGCCAUGGGCGGAGUGUGUGGUGUGGAGGUGGCGAGUGCAGGAAAAGCGCGCGAGUGUUGAAAGAGCGGGACCUGGCGCCCGCAGACAAGAGUAGAAAAUGACCUGUGCUGCGCAGGAUGUUGAAGACAUUCACAAUGUGCUCUCUAUUAUGCAGAAGAAUUUAGAAUGUCCCAUAUGCUUGGAUUUAAUGAAGGAGCCUGUUGCCACGAGAUGUGACCAUAUAUUCUGCAGGUUUUGCAUGUUGCAACUUCUCAGCAAGAAGAAGAAAGGCCGAGCCCCGUGCCCCAUGUGCAAGAAAGAAAUCACUAAAAGAAGCCUUCAGGAAAGUCCCAGAUUCAAGCUUCUAAUCGAUGGUUUGAUGAAAAUUAUUAACGCAUUUGAGCUGGAUUCUGGAUACAAAUUUUUCCCGAGCCAAGAAUAUUCCAAAAACAUCACGGUGAACUGUAAAGAGUCUCAAGAAGAGGAUGAUGUUGCUGUGGUACAAAGCGUUGGUUAUAGAAACCGAAAUAAGCUAAGCACUGUGAGCGGGGGUCGGUGUCUAGACCACCCAACCUUAUUGGACACAGAGCUGGCUGGGGAUACAGGAACGCAGAGCAGGCGACCUAAACGUCAGAAGAAAAAGACCAGACAACUUAUUGCAGAGUUUGUGUCUGACUCCUCUGAAGAUGAUUUAUUCAAGAAAGCAGGCAGUUUGGGUGAUGAUGAUGGACCUUAUUUGGAAUGUGUGUCCAAAGAGGCUACGGAGCCUGAAAAUGGUGAAGAGGACAGCCUGAAGAUCGGUAAUGCAAAUGAUCAAUUCUCUUCGAAAUCGGAAGUAGAAGAUGUGGGUGCAUCAGAUCUAGCUGAAUAUGGAUUUUCUGAAAGAGACCUUGAAAGCACAAGAAGUCAUUUAUUAUGUAUGGAUGGAACCCCAAAAGAACUAUCCAAUGAAAUGAGGUCUACAGAAAGCAGAAAUUGUUUAAUUUUCAAUGCAACCAAUUGGGAAAAAAAGGCUGAACUGAAUCGACAAGCAAACCUUGCUAAGAAUGAAACCAAUUGUGAGCACACAGGAUCCAAAGAUCCAGGCAAAACCAAUAUGCAGCUAGAGCAACAUCUUCACAACAAUAGCCAGAUGUUGAAAAUGUCAAUAGACUAUCAGUACGAGGAGUUGAGUAGUACUCAGGAAAGUCCAGGCGAUUUGAUAUGUGCAGUGUCUAAAAAACGAAUGAAGAGAAGUGUUCAAAGAGUUAAUGAGUGGCUUUUAAAAACCACAGAGCUGCUGAAUUAUUCUUUGUGGGAUGAAGAUUUGCUCUCUGAAGUCUUUCCUGUAGCAGAACAAAAUGACUCCGAUAUAGUUUCCUGUAAUUCUGAUGAGACUGAAAUCAUGGCUACAGUCCACCCUUGUGUUGUGCAGAAUGCUUUGGAGAAGUCCAAUGUUGAGGACAAGGUGUUUGGUAAAGUAUACAAGAGAGAGAGAAAGUCAAACUCUGGGCUUAAAGUAACCUGUGUUGCUGAUGUCCACGUUGAUAAUGUUACGGAGACCUUGAAAAUAAAAGAGACUCCGAAUGUCCCCAGUGUAAAGCGAAAGCGAAACACUAGCAGUCUUCAACCUGAAGACUUCAUUAAGAGGGUGGAAGAAAAAGUGUCUGACUGUUUGUUAGCUCCUGAUAAAAAUAAAUUGGGAAUAUCAAAUUGCAGAUCUUUAGAUUGUGAUCAUAUAGAAGCUUAUAUGCAAGAUUUGAAAACUAUUUCUGAUGACCAGGAAACCAAACCAAAGAAACAAAAGAAGUCUUUGAAAAAGAAGUCUGGUAAAUUGCAGGGUACACGGACAAUGCAAUCUCUGUCUUUGGUAGGAAGAGCAGACUUAAUCUCAUGCAAACAGCAGACGCCUUGUAAUUCAUCUGAAUUGGAAAUUGACAGUUUUCACAGUAGCAAUGUGCCAGGACAUGAGGUUAUACAGAAAAAUGUCAGGAGGAGCAGGAGACUUAAAUCAUUGCCAGAAAAAGUUUUGCCAUAUUCUGCAAAUCUGAUACCAACCCAGACCAAUGAUGCUGAAAUGAAUCUCGUCAUAAAGGAUUUGGAAUUGCACAAUGUUGAUCUGUCAAAUAAAACCAGUAACCUGAGGAGUCCUGAAACUGAGUCAAAAGGCAUCAACACACAAAUUACUACCAUAUCACCACCUAAUAUCAAAGCAAUCCAAAAUGUGACCAACACUGAAAUUGAGUGUUCCCAUUCAGAGAGUUCUGUUCACCUAACUAAUAAUGGGUGUGAAGAUCCUUGGCAUACACCUGCAAAGGCUGUGGAAAACGUUUUAAACAAUGGAGAAAUGGAAGACUCUGACAUUGAUACACAGCACCUGUUGAUGACAUUCAAAAGUGCUAAAAGAAUGUCUUUUAAAUUAGAUGUGGUUACUGAAACUACUGGUAAAGAUAACUUUGACCUUGGGAACAUAUCUAAUAUCCCCACCAACGUAACAAAUGGACACCAAUUGAUACUGGGUAAAGAAAUUGGUAACAAUACAGAUAACCUUUGUAAUGGCAAAAGCCUUAGUAAGUCUAAUAUCCAGGAGGAGAACAUUCAACCUCAAAGUAAGGGACCAAGCCUGUUGGCAACGAAACCAGGGAACACUAAUAAAUUGCAUUUGAGAUCUAAAAAGAAAUGUGAUUUCUCAUCAUCUGAAAACAUGGACAGUACAACAGUACAUGAAACUAAAACUGUAGCAGUUUCUGGUCAGCUGAAUGACUUUACUCCAGUUAAAGAAACUGAUCUCCACGAAGAAAAUAAUCAGAGACAAAAUGCUGCUGUAAGUAAACAUGAGGGACUUCAGUUACUUUCGGAUACUGAAUCAAUGCGUUCACACCCUGCCAUUACACAUGAAAGUCCUGCCUCAGUCAGGCGAGGAAACCCUAAAAGUAGGGCCAAUAAGGCAGAACGUGAACAAGCAAGGAACAGUUAUCAGAAGGACAGUUUUGCUGAAGAGCAAGUAAAUCAAACUACUUCUGCUAUUGGCUCUCAAGAUUCAAUGGCCAAUAGCAUACCGUGCCAUCCAGCAUCUUGCAAUAGCAGUCCUUGCAAAAGUCCUCAGGUUAACUCUGCUACUCCUGAUGGAUUGUUGGGCAGUGCUACCAGGCUCGGAGAAGUUACAAGAUGCUGCGUUGUGACCGAAAAGUCAUUUGUGUUUGAUGGCACAAAGUCAGCAUUACGUGGCAGUCCUGAGACGCCUGUCAGCCACUCACAACUCCUAACCAGAAGAAAACGUCAAGCGCAAAAGCUGGAGACCUCCUCCUCUGAAGAGUCUAGUGGAGAUGAGGAGUUACCAUGUUUUAAUGCUUUAUUGAGCAACACAACAAGUACUGCUGCCCAGAAGAAUGCGUCUAUUGGUUCUUCCCCAAAGCAACAAGGUGGAGGUGUUCUAGCUUUGUUUAGUAGCUGUAGUACUAGUGGCAAAACUCACACAAGCUGGAAUCUCCUACAGGAACCAUUUUUAUUAAGUCAAGAGUCUCAAUGUUCUGUGAAUUUGUUCUCUUCUCAGUCAAACACAUCUGAUCAUUCCGUGAAUGGUGCUGCUGACCAUAAAUACAUAAGCAAUCAAAAUAAGACCCAAGAAAGCACUACAGGACGAGCUAUGAAGCAGCGAACGGUCAGUAAUGAGAGCGAGCAAAUGGUUCACGUAGAGAAUGAUCUUGAAGAGCCAAGCCACGAACCAAAUCUAGGUGAAAUCUCGGGAUGUGAGAGUGAAGCCAGUCACACUGGAGACUCUUCGGGACUGUCUUCCCAGUGCGAAAUUCUCAAUACACAGCAGCGGGAUGCCAUGCACAAUAAUUUAGAGAAACUUCAGAGAGAAAUGGCUGCUCUGGAAGCGGUCCUGGAACAGCAUGGUACCCAGAGCCCUGUAUCCGAGGGGGAGCAAGCAUCCUCAGCUGAACAUGUCUCAGUAAGACCACAGGAUGCCUGGCAGAAACAAACAGACCUAGGUGUUAAUACAUCAACUAACCCAAUUGCAGAGACAAAAGUGCAGAAUAGAUUGUCAGGCAUGCAAAACGUGGAACCACCGGUUCACUUUGAGAUGAGGUCAAGGUCUCCAACUCCGCCACCCAUUCCACCCCAGACAAAGCCAAGAAGGGAAUCUUCAGAGAAGGUCAGCUUUCCUUUCAAUGUUUUCAAGGAGCUGAAAGAACCAGACCUAACAGACGGUGAAUCGGUCAAUGUGGAACUAUCUUCAGGACCCAGUCCCAAGAAUCAGGAUCCAGAUCCAUGUACAUCCUCACUGACCAUUCAUAACCAUGCUAAAGCUACCCCAAAGCCAAGCCUGAGACGUACACCACUAAGUCAAAGAGUGGUCACAAACCGCUUCACCCCUAGAAUAGAAAGCUUGCGACCACUUGGUGAACCCAGAGAGCUUGUGCAGCAGCAGAUGGGCAGCACUCAGAGAAGCUCAUCGCCUACAUUUGCAUCACCUGCAAGAAGUAGAAUUUCUCUAUCAGCCAAAAGUCCUGUUGUUUCCAAUAGAAGAAACUUUUCCAUAGUGGCAUCAGGACUGAACCAAAGUGAACUGAUUCUGGUCCAGAAAUUUGCACGGAAAACUCAGAGCGUCUUUUCCAAUCAAAUGACCGUGUCGACCACCCAUGUGAUCAUGAAAACAGAUGAGUUUCUGGUGUGUGAAAGGACUUUGAAAUAUUUCCUGGGAAUUGCUGGUAGAAAAUGGGUGGUAAGCUAUGAAUGGAUUGUACAGUCGUUCAGAGAGGGAAGAAUUCUUGAUGAGUAUGACUUUGAAGUAAAGGGAGACGUGAUCAAUGGAAGAAAUCAUAGAGGUCCCAGAAGAUCAAGACUGGGGUCCGAUGGACUGCUCCUGACAGAUUUCGAGAUUUGCUGUUAUGGAUCUUUUAAAGAUUUAAAUAGAGAAAAUCUGGAGUGGAUGGUAUCUUUGUGCGGUGCUUCUGUGGUAGAUGAGCCUUCGCUGUUUAAGCAUACAACAGGAUUGACUUCACUAGUCAUUGUCCAGCCUGAUGGACAGACAGACUAUAUAGCUAUACGGAAGAAACAUCGUGCUCUGGUGGUCACUCGUGAAUGGUUACUGGACAGUGUGGCAAGUUAUAAACUCCAGAUGUUUGACGGUUACCUUGUGUGAAAAAUGCUAGUCAUGACUUUCGGCAUUAAGGAAUCCAUUGGCCACAAUGUUUAUGUAUGCAUUUCCUACUGCCAACUUGUUGCACCUUAAUUAGUGUCGUUAGGUGAAGAACGAGCCAUACGUGAAAUUGCUGUUCCAGUGUAUUCCGAUGUAGAUACUUUCCAAAUGUGAUGGAAUUGUAAAUACUGUGGAAGACUUCUGAAAUAACUUGCCUAUCAGGUGUACUAUUUUACAUUUUGCAUAAAUAAGUCUGCUCAAAUUCUGUUUUGGCUUUACAGGCUCACAAGGCAGAAACAGACAAAUUAGCCUGUAUGUGCUUUAGCAGUUCUUGUUUUGUAUUCUGUGUGCAUUUACAGUGACAGGUCCAUUGGUGUUGACUUUUACAAGGAAUUGAUAAACCUUUCACUGUUUUGCACACUACCGGUUUACAAGCAUUAUUAGUCUGAAUUGCCUUUUUACAUAAUAUUGCAUACACCUAUGUGAAUAUUUCUAUUAAGGCAACCUGUAUAAAAUGUUGUUCACAUACAUUUAUACUUUACAUAAAGCCAUUUUUUGGGUCAUACAUCCUAAAGGUUUUGGAUACUCUGUACAAUUACAAAAAGAAAAUGCAUGAGUUCUGUUUUUACUGUUAAAGUUUCUUAUAUAAAAGUUGUAGCAAGGUGUUACACAUACCUAGUCCACCUAUGUGUUAGUGACAUGGUCUAGAUUGUUUAUAGUGGUGAAAUCUCCCCACUUUCUAAUGCUAUCUUCACUCGCCACCCAGUAUGCUGUCUGCAUUAAAAUGUAUUUUACUAUGUCAGCCUCUGUGUAAUACCACCUUCACAGUAACAUUGUUUUAGUAAUUCAUCAGUACAUGCUAAUCAUGUUGGUUUACAGCUUUUAUCGUUAUGAGUGCAGUGUGAAGUCAGAGCAGGUUCUGAGUCUGUUUAUCAAACAGGAUAAACCCUUUUGUCACAGUGGGUGGUCUUCAGUAUGCCGGCUGUCG